AUGUUGAGUUCAAAGGAUGGUAGGUGCUUCACCUGUAGUGGUGUCGGUCAUGCCCGGAAGGAUUGCCCCCAUGCCAGUAGUAACACGGCUAACAGCAAAAAGGUAGCUAAGGCAUCUCCAGGAAAAGGAGACACCUCUUCAAAGAACGAGAAAGUGAAACCCGUGACCUCCAGUGAGCCUUCAGCUAGCUCUUCAGGGACGUAUGUGGCUGAACCACCAGUUGCAGUGACUUCGGCCGCCCCGCAGUCUGGAAGCAGCUUAGGUUCUAAGGGACUCGGGGAAGUUGGAGCGUUGAUUCAAGAAGCUUCGGUGUUGAUGAAAACACUGCGGCCUUCGGUGAAGGCUAUCAAUUUGAAGAAGGCGGCUGUGGAUGGCUUCACUACCGGUCUCUUGGAUGGGGGUGCAACGAAUGCACUCCGCCAGGGGUCUGCGGAGGAGAUUGCGUGUGCAGUCCCUGUGACUGUAGAACUGGCUGCCGGAUCAGCGCAGCUCUACCAGUGUGUUGAAACGGUUGUCAAAGAGACUCAUGCACUGGCCUUGAUUCAUGACUUGGAAGCCUACGAACGCAACAAGCGCCUUGGUCCACGGUUGGCUGGUGAAAGUGUUUCUGAGGAAGUGGUCAAGUGGUGGGCACAACGGUUUCCCGAAACGGACUAUGACAGUGCCUUGGUUCUCAAGCAGCUGGCCUUGCAUCAGUUGGCAGAGGAGUCUCGGGUUGGUGGUGUGACCUAUGAGGGGUCUAGGCAUGAGGGUGCAGGGAAUAGUGAGGGCCUGAAGCAGGCCAUUCGGGUGGCCAUCAUGGCUUUGAUCAAGGAACAUGGGCUCGGGGGAGAGCACUUGAGAAAGGCCUUCUCCAUGGAUCAAUGGCGUCAGCACAUACUGCAAGGACACCGGCCAUUCAGGAGAGACUGUCGGGCCUGCGUGCUCGACAUGGCGGCUGAUAAGCCGCAUCGUCGUAGAGUGGGUCGAGGCGAGUCGUCAUGGUCGAUGGGUGUCGAUGUUGUGCCAUUGGUUAAAGCAGUAGAUGAGUCCACGUCGGGCCAUGUAAGAUAUGCUAUGGUCGCCACUGUUCUAGUUCCAAAGGUCCCCAAAGGAAUUCGUAAACCUCUGGUCCCCAUGGAAGAACCCCAAAAAAUGGUGGAUGAAAGUAUGGAUUGGGGGGAGGGUUAUGAUGAAGAGGACUUGCCUCUCAUGGAUGAAACAUGUGAUGGACAAGGGAUGGAUGAAAAGAAUGUCGAGGCAGCGCCCGAUAGGGAGGUGAAGAGCGACGAACAUGACUUGGAUCGAAAAUGCGAAGAAUGUCGAGAACCUCUUCCGGCUGCUCACGUAACGUUGGUGUUCCCCAUGCCCUCGAGGCAACAAGCCGAGGUGAUCCAUGCCCUGAAUUCAUUGGUCACCAAGCCGUCCGAUACAUCACAAUAUGAGCCAAGCCUAGCACCCACUGAGCCGGAUCGGGAAUCCGGGGGGGAGCGCGAGGGUUUGGUGGAUGGUUUGAAUGGUGAAAACUCGGUUGGGGAUGAUGAAAACGUUGAUGAUGAAAAAAUUCGGGAAGAUGGGGAUGGGUUGGACAUUAUUGGGGAUGAUUCCAACAUUGAAGUUCCACCGGAAGAGUGGGCCCGGAUGAACAAGUGUGGGAUCGCCCUUAGGAAGGUCAAGCGAAUCCAAAUUCAUGAUGCUUUCUUGGAUCAGCACCUUGGUCUUUUGGAUGCAGUGCGAGAUGCACUGAACCACGUGCCCCUUGGAAGGAACGAAGGAGGUCAUCAGGGGUGGUGGCUGGAGACUCUUCAGUCCGAACGGCUGGCUUUGGAAAGGGAUCUCAGUGCCUUGGAUAAGGAAGCUGGGAGUGGUGGUUUGCGACUUUGUGCAGUGCAGGCUGGGGGGAGUGAACAACCUCCCACCGGAACGGAUGAAGUGCUCCAGACAAUGACUGUCUCCUUGGACGUGGUGCGAGGUGACUUGGAAGCUUGGAAACCCGCCAUGAGAGCGGAAUAUGGAGGGCGUAGCUUCCAAGGAGUUGUCAUCCUCUACGCAGGAUGUCCUCUCCAGUGGGAGAGCGGGCGUCAAUCGUUCGCGACCAUGUCCACAGCGGAAUCAGAGCUCCUCGGCUAUACCGAGGCCACUACAAUGGCCCAGUCGGUUGAAGCUCUGUUAAGGGUCAUCCAUGGGGAUGUCACCUUCGAAAAACUUCUUUGCGGCGACAAUACCAGCGCCAUCAGCAUCUUGACAAAACCUGACGGGCCGUGGCGUACUCGCCAUCUACGGCUGAGGUCCACUUGUUUGAAGGAGAAACUGAAUGAUCCUAACAGUGGCUGGAUGAUUCGUCAUUUGAAGGGUACUGGUUUGAUAGCUGAUUUUCUCACCAAACCCCGAAUUUCAAGGGCUGAAUGGAUUGCGUUUUGGGAGUAUAUGAGAAUGAGGGAGUACGGCGCGACCCCCCUGGCUACUGAGGAGACUGAGGUACAUCACGGCACAGCAUCUAAGGAGCCUGGCACAGAUCUUGUAAAGGUCGCCAAGUUCGGGAUGCUGGUUGGCACUCUGCAUGCAGUUGCCGAGCACUAUGAUGUCGGUCCUGAUCGGGAUGAACUCAUGCUGGCUGUAGCAGUGCUUGCCGUGGUUCUGGUCGUCUGGUUGUACAAGCUGACGCGGCGCUCAAGUUCGCUCGAUGUGAGUGGUUCGGUCAACGGUUUUUGUGAAGGGUCUUCGGCCAUCAAGAGUGUACAGGGAACAUUGUGUAAAGGUUGGGAUAACUUGAAGCGAGCAGCCUCAGAUGUCUCCCAUUUUUGCAAAAGUCUCACGGUCCUUGAACGGGUGGACCACAGCGAGCUGGUGGAAGGCUUGGAACAAGCCUCCCACAUUUCGUUUCACCCUGAUCAUGGUGAUGAUCUGUAUGAGAUGUUUCAAGAAACAAUUGAAGAUCCCGAACAAGAAAGAUCAAGAGCCACUGGCCCACAAGAAAGAAACAACGAAUGGAGCGAGGGAACGAGGGAACAUGAACCCGUUCUCCAAGGCUGUGAAGGUGACGAGGUAGGUCAUGUCAUGGGCUCUGGGCUUGGCUCUGGGUUUGGCUCUGGGUUUGGCUUGACUAUGGCCGGCUUGAACACUACCUCUGAAGUUCGCCGACAGAAUGAAAGGUCAGAACUGUUUGACAGUAGCCCUUGGGGCUCCCGGCUCAUACCGGACGCGCGCCCCUCGCUGAAAGCAAUGGCAGCUCCAGCAAUUGGUGCUCGGGCGUUCGAGCCUCCUCCAGCAUUGACUACCAGCGGAAGUCGGCUGGUUGAGGACGAGGCUGUGUUUUCGAAACCACUCGGUGGCUCUCGUGACAAAUGGUAUUGGCUCCAGCGAGAAGAAGAUCAAUACUUGGUGAGGGCACGCAGUAAACCAAGGAUCCGACCUUUCCAUCCUCUGCAUCGGAAUGUUCCCCUCGACCCUGGAAAGCAGUUGGGUCCCUCCCGCAUCACGGUGAAGCACUUUCUGGAUGAUGGUCGCCGCGAGGUGGUUCAUGAUCGCUGGGGGGCGGUGCCCACUAGUGGUGCCAACCAAUGGCGUGGCUACAGUGUGUUUCCCAUUGAUGAUGCUGGACUCCAUUUGGCUGAGGUGAAUGUAGCUGCUGAUACUGAUGGUGGAGAACGGGAUCCUUCUGCUAUGGAACGACCACGAAGGCAUUGUGGAGACAGGCCAUCUCCUGCCAAACUCCAACAAGUGGAAUCUGAAGAAGAUGACGGGCUUACCGUCUUCAUUGGACAGCAUGUCCAUAUGUUGCUGGGAGAUCCACCUGCCAACUAUGUGGGUCCCAGGCUGGAAGACAACCCAGCUGGUCUCCUUCCUCGAGUGCCUGGUGAAGAUGGUGGCUUGACCUCUUACGGUCCCAUCACCUUGGAUGAGCAUUUGGAUGAAGUUCCACACCGCCUUGAACUUGGACACAACGAUCAAGGACUACCGACUCGGCACCCUGAGCUAGUGAGGCCUACCUCCUCGCGACUUGGGCUGGGAACCAAUUAUGCCCAUCAUGAAGGUGUGGGAACACUGCACCAAGCUUCCUCGGCUUCCUUGGGGCAUCGAGCUUCAAGUAGCAGUGCAGUUGCCGUGAGGUAUGGUCGACCAGACUCUGCAGCGGAGAGGGGAGUGGCGGCGAUGUCUGCGGUAAACCGCACCGAUCCGCCACGCAUCACGAGAUGGCGAAACUCCCGCAAAAGGGAUCAAGAUGAUGAUGAAGUGGCCAGCUCCAUCAUCUCUUUUGAAGAGGUGGAUGCAUGA